AUGAACCAAAUACAACCCAAUAAACCUAAAAUGAGAAUUGUAUUUGUUGGAACAUUUGGUGUUGGAAAAACAUCCUUAAUACAACAAUAUUGUAAUGAAGAAUUUCAAGAAAAUCCUGUUGCAAUUGAAAAAAUAAAUAAAGAAGAUAAAAGAAAAAAAAAUGUAUUUGAUAUUGAAAUGGUUGAUUCAAUGGGAGUUGAAAAAGAUGAUCCAAAUAAUUAUUUUUAUUUUCAAAAAUGUCAUGGAUGUGCUUUAGUUUUUGAUAGAACAUCACAAGAAUCCUUUGAUGCACUUCAACAACUUUAUUUAAAUAUCAAAAAAUAUGGUUCACAUGAUAUGAGUCUUAUUCUUAUUGGAAAUAAAUCUGAUGAUUCUAUUGUUGUUCAAAAUGAAAUUGCACAACAAUUUGCUACAGAACAUUCUAUGAGAUAUUUUGCAUUAACUGCUAAACAACAUAGUCAAGUUGUUGAAUCAGUAGAAUACCUUGUAGAUUUAAUUUAUAAAAACUAUUAUAAAGAAAAUAAUUCUUGUUAUAUUGUUUAA